AUGGAUUGUGCACGGUGCAUGAGUGUUCGGAAAGCGAAACGGCGGAAGAACUACCCAGCCCUGAACCAGAAAUGGAAAACACCGCCCGAGCUGCUCACGCCCACGGAAGCACUACCACGGCUGAAACUCAGGGAUGGGUCAGAAGUCGCACUUUACUGGCGGAGCAGGCCUCGCCACGGAAAAAUGCCGGAUGAGCGGGUGGUCUCACCGGAACGUGUGUCGGCGCUGGAGAAAGCGUUUAGAGGAUUUGCUGACCGAGGGGCAAAUGCGGUGGUGUUACCAUCUGUAGGACUGACUUUUGAUUCUAUCGGCGAAGCUUAUGACUUUUACAAUCUGUAUUCCUGGGAGGUUGGGUUUGGUAUAAGGUAUGGCAAAAGCAGAAGCAAUGUUAAAGGCACGAGGUCAAUGCAGGAACUGCUAUGCGUUUGUUCGGGCAAGCCGAAGAAUGAAAACACCACAUCUAGCCGGUGCCAGUGUCCGGCACUUGUCAGGCUGUUAAGGACAGAUGACCAAGGUUGGUUUAUUUGUGAGUACAGGGGGACGCACAACCACAGGUUGUUGAGCACAUGCGCGGAGAAGCUGCACUUCCCUUCGCACAGACACAUUGACAAGUACACGCGCGAAUUGGUCGCUCAGCUACGUGCGAAUAAUGUUAACCUCAGCAAGGUGUAUAGCAUAAUAGGGACUUUUUUUGGAAAACUUGAGAAUGUCCCGUUCACGAAAAGGUGCCUGAAGACGCUUUGUGGCAAGAUUAGCCAAGAACAAGCAGAUGACGAUGUCAAAAAAACCAUGGAGAUGUUCUCGGAGCUGAAGGCAAGUGACAGUGAGUUCACGUACCAGGUCCAAGUUGAUGAUGAGAGUAGGAUACGCACCCUGAUAUGGUCCAACGGACGGAGCAAGCUUCAAUACCACCACUUUGGGGAUGUCGUCACAUUUGACACGACUUAUAAGACAAACUUGUACGACAUGCCGUUUGGGCUCUUUGUUGGCGUCAACAACCAUUUUCAGAGUGUGAUAUAUGCUGGGGUGUUGAUGCGGGACGAGACUGUACAGAGCUUCGAGUGGGUCUUCCGUGAAUUUGUUAGGUUGAUGGGUGGGAAAAAGCCAAUUACAAUCCUAACAGAUCGGGCAAGAGCUAUGGAAAUUGCAAUUAGCAGUGUAAUGCCGGAUGCUACCCAUCGUUGGUGCAAGUGGCAUGUGCUUCGGAAAGCAAAAGAGUCGUUGGGCACCCACUACAGCAAGAAAUCAAAUUUCAGGCUGGAUUUUCACAACCUUGUUGAUGAGAUGCUGACAGUGGAGGAGUUUGAGGCUGGGUGGAAGGAGAUCAUGGAGAGGUAUGGGUUGACAGCCAAUACAUUUCUAAUACAAGCUUAUGAGGUCAGACACAAGUGGGCAAAGCCAUAUUUCAGCGGCAAGUUUUGUGCAAAGCAAACAAGUACCCAACGAAGCGAGAGCGCGAACCACAUGCUUAAAAGUUAUGUGCCACCUGCCUGUCCGAUGAAUAUUUUUGUUAAGCAGUACGGAAAACUGCAGUACGACCGUGAGCAGGAGGAGGGUUUUCAGGAGAAGAGGACCAGACUGGGUGGCGCUGUCAUAAAGUCCAAUCUACCAAUUGAGAGGCACGCCAGCAAGGUGUACACGCGCACAAUGUUCGAGAUGUUUGGUAGAGUCCUGUUUGUUGCCGGCUCGUACGAGGUAGAGGAGGUCGAACAUAAGAAGAAGUAUGUAGCCGCGCACAUAAACCCAGAUGCAAUGAAAGAUUGGUACAAGAAGAGGUUUGCUGUCGAGGUGCAUGACGAUUGCUCGUAUUUCGUGUGUGAGUGCGGAAGAUUUGAGCAUAUGGGCAUGAUCUGCUGUCACAUUCUCAAGGUCAUGAUUUUCCUGCGUAUCCGCGCAAUACCACCCUUGCACAUUGUAAAAAGGUGGACGGUUGAUGCUAGGGACAUACUGCCCGAUCACAUUAAACAUUACCAGAAGGACAUGGGUCCGCCGGAAGCAUCUACCUUCAGACACUCUGCUAUGUAUAUUACCGCACUGGAGUUGGUGCACAUGGGGGAUAGCAACCCAGAUUCAUUCGAAUGCGUGAUGACAGGUCUGUGUGAGCUGAAAGCAAAGGCUGCAUCGCUUUGCGAGUCGAAGGAUGGGAAGAGCAUGGUGGAGAAGUCGAAAGAGGCAUCCGGAAGCAUUACCGCCUCGUUGGACUCUAUGCAAUCAAGGUUGUCAAGCAAAAAAGCGACAGUAGUGACAUCUCGUAAGUCAGUGCAGGCGUGCUCCGGGGAUGGUUCUUUUGUGCAAGGAGGGUGCAGUGCUAUUGUACAAGAAGACAAUGCAGAGGUGUCGUCUACUCUCGGAGGUGGAGUGUUGUUACCACCGGAAAGGAGACUGAAGCGGGGGCAUCCAAGCACCGCCAGGGACAAGCCGCCUUACGAGACUUCAGGCAAAAGAUCAAGGUUCUGUAGUAUAUGUCGUGGCAAGGGGCACAAGAGCACGACCUGCCCCGACGAGGGCGACACUCCGGUGAAACCAAGGAAAGAAGCGCGGUGCGGCAAUUGUGGGAUCACUGGCCAUAGGAAAACCAGUUGCUCCAAGCCACUCUUCAGUUCAGUUGCAGGGAUUGCACACAUGACAGGGUAG